AUGGAUGUCACUAGAUAUAUGAAUGUGCAGAUGUCUGCCGACUCUUGCUCGGGCACUGGUCCCACUCCCGGUCCUAUACCUGGUCCCGCUGGUCCUGGAGGUGGUGGUGGUGCCGGCCCCGGUCCCGCUCCUGGUCCUGCUCCUGGUCCUGCUCCCGGCCCUGCACCUGGUCCUGGAGGUGGUGGCGCUGGCGCUGGCGCCGCUCCUGGUCUCGCUCCUGGUCCCGCCCCCGGCCCUGCUCCUGGUCCUAUACCUGGUCCCGCUGGUCCUGGAGGUGGUGGUGGUGCCGGCCCCGGUCCCGCUCCUGGUCCUGGUCCUGGUCCUGCUCCCGGCCCUGUACCUGGUCCUGCACCUGGUCCCGCUCCUGGUCCUGCGCCUGGCCCUGCUCCUGGUCCCGGUGGUCAUACUGCCACGACCACGGUCACUGUCACUGACUGCAGCUGCCCUACAUCCGGUGCUCCUGGAGCCCCUGGUGGUGGUGGUGCCGGGCCGCAGCCCCCUACUACUGUUACAGUAAUAUAUCCUACUCCCGGCGGCGGCGGUGCUGGCCCUGCUACUGUGCCUACUCCUACUGGCGGUGGUGAAUCGCAGCCUGGUGCCUCUCCUACUGCGCCUUCCCCCGGUGGCGGCGGCGGAGGUGGAGGCGGUGGUGGUAUCUCUGUUAGUGUUCCUCCUUUCUCCGGCGGCGGGGGCUUAUACCCUGGUGGCUCUGCUACUGUGCCUGCUCCUACUAGCGGUAGUUCGCGGCCUGGGACCUCUCUUACUGUGCCUCCCCCUAGCGGCGGCGGAGGUGGUAGUGGUUCGUACCCUAGUAGAUCUGCUACUGUACCUUCCCCUACCGGUAGCGCACGUCCUACUAGGUCAGUUACCAUUCCCACUACCUCCGGUGGUACCUCUUAUCCUACUGGCUCUAGUAGCGUAUCCGUCCCUGCUAGCCCUGCCUCUCCUACUACGGGCACUACCUCGGCUACUGGGACCUCUGGUAGUGCUUGUCCUACUACCCUCUCGGGUAACUAUAAGAUCCCUUACCUUAUUGUUCCCGUCGACUCGUCCUUACCUAAUACCCCCGCUGGAACUGGGCUUAACGGUAGCGUGAGCUUGACUACCUCGACUGUGUUUAACUUCGAUAUCCUAAAUUCUGACUCUGGUAAGACCUGCAGCCUUAUAUUCCUCUUCCCUAGGAUUGAUGAGCUCGAGACUUUAUCUUAUACCUUUAAUAGGGAUAGAAGGAUUGACUUCGCUUAG